UUUUGGAUGCUUCUUGUGCUUUGACUGAAGCUCCUAGUUGCUCCCUAUUGAUAAGCUUAACAUAAACAUUUUUCUUUGAUAGGUCAUAAUUCUUCAAGAGCUUCUUUAUUUUUUUCUUGGGCUUUAAAAAUUUCUCAAAAGAAUUUUUUCGAAAAAAAAUUUUUUUAGGGGUGGUGAUGUUUGCUGGGAAGAUUGUUAUCCUGUUGGAUCAAUUACAAAUGUAUCUAGUGAAUUAAUUACACAUCAAAUUGUUGACAGAGAAAUGAAAGAAAUGAUAAUAAAUAGAAUUUAUAUUCAACCACAAUGGAUAUUUGAUUGUUUCAAUUCUCGUCGUUUACUACCUACAAUAUUGUAUGCACCAUCAACAACAUUACCUCCACAUUUAUCACCAUUUAUUGGGGAUAAUGAAAGAUUAAAUAAUUCUUUGUUAAUAAGUAAUGAACAACAAAAGAAUAAGGAUGAGGCAAAAGUAGAAGAAGGAAAUGUGGAGGGAAAAUCAGAAGAAAAAGGUAAUCAAAAAGAAAAGAAAGGAGAAGGUUUACUUAAAAAGAAGAAUAAAAAGAACAAGCAACAACAACAAGAUGAAAAUAAUAAAGGUAUGAGUGUUCAAAAAUCAAGAAUUUACAAGGAAAGUGAACAGAAGAAAAUUAAUGAAGAGGGUCAUAAUUUAAAAUUGAGAGAAAUGAUGAUACCCAAAAAGCAUAAAAGAAUAUACGAAAAGCUUAAACGUGGAACUAAAAGGCGUGCAAGAGCUGAAGUUGUUUUGGAGGAGAAAAGGGCUAAAUUGGCAAAAACAUGA